AUGGCGUCGUCUACGACCAAGAGUGGCGAUGUCGAGCUGGUCGUCUCGCCGACUCAGUCUACCACCAAGACCGACGACCUUGCGCUAGCGAGACUGGGAAAGAAAGCUGUGCUAAAGCGCCGGUUUGGUUUCCUAUCCAUCCUAGGAUUCAGCUGUACCGUUUUGAUCACCUGGGAAGGAUCUCUUGUGCUGUUCCUAGUCGGUUUCCAAAAUGGUGGGCCGGCUGGUGUCAUCUAUGGCUACCUUACCGUCUGGGUAGGCACUGUAUCCGUCUUUAUGGUUCUCAGCGAGCUUGUCUCAAUGGCGCCUACAUCUGGUGGUCAGUACCAUUGGGUGUCUAUGCUUGCUCCACCAAGCUCCGCGAGACUUCUUAGCUACAUCUCAGGGUGGCUCACACUAUGCGGCUGGCUCGCCUCUCUCGGCUCCGGCGCCUUCCUAACCGGCGGUCUCAUCCAAGGUCUCCUCAUGCUCUGCCAACCUGACACCUACGUCCCGCAAAAUUGGCACGUUACCCUCCUCUACUGGGCCAUCAUCGCCUUCUGCGUCUUCAUUAAUAUCGCUGCCGGAUGGCUACUGCCCAAGUUCGAAGGCGCGCUACUGGUCUUGCAUAUCCUGGGUUUCUUCGCCAUCUUGAUCCCUCUUCUAGUGCUAGGACCGCAGGGCAAUGCUAAAGAGAUCUUUACGACGUUCGUCAACAUGGGUGGCUGGCAAAGCCAAGGAUUGAGCUUUUGUGUUGGAAUCAUGGGGAGUGUAUUUGCCUUUGUUGGUGGUGACGGGCCGAUUCAUUUGUCCGAGGAAAUCCACAAUGCACAGGUUGUGGUGCCUCGCUCCAUCAUGACCGGCAUUGCAAUCAACGGCUCUCUCGGUUUCGCCAUGAUCCUCACCGUGCUUCUCCGCAUGGGCAACCUCGAUGAAGUGCUCGAUGAGAAUCCUGCUUUUCCCUUUAUGGCCAUAUUCCACCGCGCUGUACAAUCGCGAUCCGGUGCUGCAGUCAUGGCAUCGAUCGUCAUGGUACUUACCAUCAGCGCGAACGUAGGCUUCUCCGCGUCAACAUCAAGGAUAUGUUGGGCCUUUGCCCGAGACAGAGGACUACCAGGAUGGAGAACUUUGAGCAAGGUCAGCGAUCGUACAUCCAUCCCCGUCUACGCCGUAGCCUUCACAAGCUUCAUCGCCUGCCUACUCGCCCUCGUAAACAUCGGAUCAACCAUCGCCUUCAACGGCGUGAUCUCCGUCGCUAUCGCCGGUCUCUUUUCUUCUUACCUGCUCACAUCAUCCCUUCUCCUUUAUCGCCGCUGCACCGGUGCCAUUCUCACCCCCAGCGAAGCUUUCGACACGGACACAACAUCUUCAUCCACCACCAGGGACGGAAUGUCACGCACCGUCUGGGGCCCUUGGCGCCUUCCCGGUGCCAUCGGCAUCGCAAACAAUGUCUUUGCUUGUGCGUAUCUUAGUUUCGUCUUCUUCUUUAGCUUUUGGCCGAGCUUUGCUGCUGUUACGCCUGCAAAUAUGAACUGGGCUGUCUUGGUCACGGGUGCCAUCGCUGGAAUCAGUGCGAUUUAUUAUGCGGUUUGGGCGAGGAAGACGUAUCAUGGACCUGUUAUUGAGAUUGACGAGCGGGAUCUUAGUGGUAGGGUUAGUGUGAUUGAGCAGAGGCAUGAGUUGGGGAGUACGUAG